UUAACAACCUAGACCUCAGCCCACCUGCCUGGAUACCCCGCCAGCCUCUUCAUGGCUGAUGAGAUAAGUAGAUCUCAUACACUAUUGAAUCACGUUCGUCGAUCUAAAACCGAAAGACGCAAAGUACCGAAGAUCUUCCAUCCGUUCAGUCGCGAAAUCUCCGGAUCGCAAAACGUACAGGAGCUGAGUUCAUUCACCAUCUUCCCUCUCUCUGCUCUCCACCAUUAACUGAAAGGCUUGGCAAAUCUUAGAAGAAAAGGUCGAGAAAUGUAUCUGAAAAUUCACGGUUUCACAUUAGUUCUAACCUUAGGGCUCUUCUUGGUCCGAAUCCACUCCCUUCGGUUCGAUCUUGAUUCGGGUCACACCAAAUGCAUAGCUGAAGAUAUGAAGAGUAACGCAAUGACUGUCGGCAAGUACCAUGUAGUUAACCCUAACGACGGAUACCCUUUGCCCGAUACACACAAAAUCAACCUACGGGUGACAUCAUCAUAUGGGAAUACCUAUCAUCAGGCAGACAAUGUGGGGGAAGGACAGUUUGCGUUUCAGACAGCAGAAGCGGGGGAUUACAUGGCCUGUUUUUCUGCCCAAGAUCAUAAGCCUCCCAUCCCACUUACUGUAGAUUUUGAUUGGAAGACUGGUAUUGCUGCUAGAGACUGGACCAGUGUUGUAAAGAAAGGCUCUGUUGAAGCAAUGGAAUUAGAACUAAAGAAAAUGCACGAAACUGUCCAAUCCAUCCAUGAUGAGAUGUUCUAUCUUCGCGAAAGAGAAGAAGAGAUGCAGGAGCUAAACAGAUCAACCCACUCCAAAAUGAAUCUGCUGUCCUUUUUGUCGGUUCUUGUUGCUUUGUCUGUGGCUGGGUUGCAAGUAUGGUAUUUGAAGACCUUCUUCGAAAAGAAGAAGCUUAUAUGAUGUCUUCUUUUUUUAUCCUGCCUCGGUUUGAUGUACUAAAUCAAUACACGGAAUGGAAAGGAAACAUGAUCUGUUCAAUAUUAAAUUAACUAUAUAUUUUUAUGUUGCUUCUGUAGAUCGAUACACUGAAAAGAAACAUGUUUUAUUCAAUAUUAAAUUAACUACUACGUAUAUUUUUUGUGUUGCUCCUCCAUGCCUUCCUUUGGUUAUUGGAAUGAUAAUUUCAGCAUCACCUCUCAA